CCCCGCGAGAGUUGCUGCGCGCGCGCGCGGUUCGGGUCGGCGUGCGUUUGGCGGGGCCGUUGUCCCGUGGGCGCCGAGCGCUUCCGGGUUAGGGCGCGUAGGACGGAUUCCGAUUGGGCAGCUGUGCUGCCGCUCUGUGCCUCUCAGGCCGGGCUGCGGGGAUGGAGCUGCAGGCGCAGCUGACGGGGCGCGACGGGCAGAAGCGGCCGCUUCGCGUGCGCUGCCAGCCCGAGGCCGGCGCCGGCGGGGAGCUCCGGGGGCUGCUGCGCGGGCUGUCCCAGCUGCAGGAGCAGGUCUCGGCGCUGCUCGCGCCCCUAGUGGAGCAAGAGAGCGGGGGCCGAGCGGGGGCGGGGACCGCAGCGGGGCCGCGGGGUGAUGUUGGGGAGGAAGAGGAGGAGGAGGAAGAUGAUGAAGAAAACAACACUGAUGUCAAAACAUGUGUGGAUGGACCACCUUUAAAACGGACAAAAAGUCAGCACUCCUGACUAUUGUUUUAAAGCUAUUUAAUUUUUUUUAAAAAAGACUUUUCUGCUGUUGCAAAUGUUAGUGUCUAUAUUGCAUUGUUAUACCUCUGGAAGAAAUUAUUUUUGGAAACUAGACAACUGCAUUUGUGUUCUUUUUGGUUAAGUUUUAGAAGGAAAAUGCCUUUUUUUUCUGGUAUUUAACAUUACUGAUAAAAAAAACUGACAAAAAGAGAGAGGUUAUAUAGUAGAUUCUCUUACAUGGAAAGAAAUUAAUUCUUAAAUGUUUAGGUGGAAGAAAUUAUGGAUUGCCAGUGUCAAGAGAAGCCUUUGUUUGCAGAUGUCUCUCUACUAAUCUGGCCACUAAAGUUUGUGGUUUUGAAUCUUUUAAAAGUCAAUAUUAUUUUGUACUGCUUCUGGGCUCCCUGUAUGUUUCCGGCCACUCUUAAAAUGGAAUGUUACAUUAAAAGAAAAAGCAAGUUACUCUGCUGAAAUAUUAAACUACAAGAAGCAAACUAGUAAUUUUAUAUAAGGGUGUUAUUGAUAGGGGACUGUAUAAAACAACUGGAGUAUUCCAGACCUGCCUAAAUACAUUAGCAAGGAAGUAGUUAUUUAAAAAAAAAUGUUGAUCAGCUUUACAAGAAGCCUAAAAGAUCUGUUUAUGGUGUUGGGUAGAUACAUUUGUGUUUAACACGUAACAUUACAAAGACAUACGCAUAGGUAUUUGGAAUCAGAAUAAUGUGGCUUUGGGUGCCACCAUAAUUCAAAUAACAAAUAAAUACAAAAUGUGCCAAAAUUUGAACUGGACACUAAAAUACGGUGUUAAACCAAUAGAUACAAGAAAUUGUCAGGAGAGUGGUGUCAAUUAUGUAACACCAACAGUGUCUUGUCUAUCUUUAAAAAAAAAACCUACCUCACAACAAUGUUGUAAGGAUGAAUUGGGUUAUAAAACACCCUGGAAGUGCUAAAUAUUGUAUAAAAAUUUGUCUUAAUUUGGAUAUGGGCAUUAAGUAUGGUAAGCGUUGUCAGUUCUGCGGUUCACUCGGUUGACAAUGUGUCUGAUCUGUUAAUUAGUUUUGUGUGGUUUAGCCAGUACAUCAGAUAUGAAUAUGACACAGAAAUAAACUGCUUUUAUAGGACCCUUAUUGUGAACCAUUCAUUACUUCACUGUAGCCAGCACCGAAAGCUUGCAUGUUCAUUAGUGACAAAUCUUAUCUGUCUUAAGGUGUUUUAAGUGCCUUCCAGAAAAAAACAAUUUGGGAGUACCAAAGUCCCUGGUGGACUUGAUGUCUCUGUCUCACUUCCCUUUUUAUAAAGUUAUAGAGACACUGCAUGAGUAGGGUUUUCUUCGCUUAUUAUUUUUGCUUUUUUGGUUGUUGCUGGUGUAUUGUUCUGGUUAUGAUGGAAAAGCUUCAAUCUGUUAGUAUCUAUAAAUACUUCCAUGCAAUAAUUAAUAGUGUUUACUGUGACUACUGCUCUUAAUUGGCUUAUUACACAUAUGAAGUGUGCAUGCAGUGUGUGCUAAAACAACCUGUCAUUACCCCAUCUUGAUGUCCCACUCCCCUCCACCAGCUUGUUUUUCACUCACCUGCUAAAUCUUGUGCAGUGACCUCUGUGCAGGUGGAGCUCUGCCCAUGAAGUUCCUUACUCAAGUGAAAGGGGGGGCUUUGUAGGCCUAGUGGUCUCCUGCACAGAGCAGCUUUGGGUUAAGCAGUGGCCUGCUAAACCCAAGGUUGUCUGUUCAAUUCUUGAGGGGGCCAUUUAGUAAACUGGGGUAAAAAUCUUUCUGAGCAGGCAGUUGGACUAGAUGAUCUCUUGAGAUCCCUUCCAAACCCUGAUAUUCUAUGACCUGGGCCUUUAGACUAUAAAUCCUUUUGGAACAGGGCCUAACACAAUGGAGUUCUGACCUGUUGAUUGUAUCACCAUCUAAUAUACAUAAAAUACACAACUGCAAUAAUCAGGUUGUAACAUUAAUCUUACAGAAAUUAAGUUUACAAUUGCAUCUGCAACUCUACUUUCAUAUGGUGUUAUUAGACAUCUGCUGUAGCCUGUUCAGUUUGAAUUGCACUGAGCAAGUAAUGAAAGACACUUGCAUUGCAUGCACAAAAGAACAAUGUAUUUACUCCGUAAACUUGAAAUUUUACUAGCACACAACUGAAAAACAAUUCAUCUUUUUGCAUAUAAAUUUGUUUGGCACUCUGUUUCUGAUUUUAAAAGAGAGGGGUUCAUAAGUGCUGCGAGAGUGACAGAACAUAAUGUUCACAUUCUACACAUUGGAUAUCCUCCAUGUAACAACAAGUGUCCUGCUACAUGGUGUUUGACAAGGAGAAUAUGGUUGCAAGGUAGUGACUUUAUUCAGUGAAAUGCCUGGGACAAGAGAUAACAAAUGCAACAAUGAACUCUGGUCUCAUGUUAUGCUGCAGCUGAUUAGCACUGGGCAAGACAUCAAAAUAUAUGUAUAUUUAAACUGAUUCUAAAUAAAGUUUUAGAAUAAUAAGGCA